AGCAAGGCUGUCUGCUCACCACCAGUGCUACAACUGAGGCAACGCCAUGAAGACCGUUUUCGUGCUCUGCUUCGUCGCGCUGGCCGCCGCUCGGCCCGACAAGAACGCCCGCAUUGUCAACUACCAGGCCGGCAUCGCCGAGGAUGGAUCCUACGACGCCACGUACGAGACCACCAACGGCAUCAGGUCGACGUCGAGCGGCAUCUCCUACCCGGGAGACAAGCUGAACACCGGCAACUACGUGAUCGAGGGAGAGUACUCGUACGUCGGCGACGACGGUGUCACCUACACGGUGCGGUGGACAGCCGACGAGAACGGCUUCCACCCGGAGGGCGCCCACCUGCCCGACUUCAGCCACACCCGGGAACAUAUCGGAUUCGUCGACGAUCAUCUGUAGACAAUUGGAGCGUGUGUUGUUGUUAGUUGAGACUCGUUGUGUGUUUCUGUUUGUACUGUGUCGUCUGUUGUCUGAUCUCCGUGUACAAGAAGUGUCGUCUCCGUUACCGAUCCGUGAAUUUGAAUGACAAUAUAUUUUGUGUACUCUA